AAAAACAACUAGUUUCACCUGCUAAAAAGCGUCCCUCCGUACCCGCGCUGUCACAGAACAGGACUGGGAACAGGAACCGGAGUUGGUGCGGCUGGUGUGACGUCAGAGCCGCCGGUGCCGUGAAGAGUUCUCAGAAUAGACUUCUAGGAAACGGUGGUUUUCGCUGUUUUCGGAAGAAGAAAUACUGAUUGGAUUUUAGUCCAGAAGAUUCAAGAAAUAGCAUGAUUCUUUGUGUACCAGGUCCUAGAGCUCUUCUGCCCGCUGUUCCAUCCACUGAAGCCCCACGGGGCAUGCGGGCAGGGACUGUACCUUCUACCCCUUGCCUACAAAGCACCCCUCCACUAUGGGACCCCACAAAAGACCUACGAGCGAUUGCCAGCAACUUCUGCUAUCUAGAAAACUCAGGAUGGUACUGGGGAGCUGUAACUGCUGCGCAGGCCCAUGCUGCUCUUCAAGAGGCAUCUGAAGGCGCUUUUUUGGUACGGGACAGCAGCCACCCUUUGUACAUGCUGACCCUCUCGGUCAGGACUGCGCGUGGUCCCACAAGUAUACGGAUCCAGUACAGCGGUGCCCAGUUUCUGCUCGACUCCAGCUCUCCAGCCAGGCCCACCCUGUCAUCCUUCCCCAACGUGCCCAGCUUGGUGCAGCACUACAUGGGACCACAGAGGAAAGCAGAGGAGGGUAAAGUGGAGGAGGAGACCCCUUCCAAACCCUCUCUGCAGACAAUUCAGGAGACGUCUGUGGUAUUGAAACUGAAGCGGGCAGUGUACAAGCCCCAGGGCCUCCCCUCGUUACAGCACCUCACACGUCUCGUCAUUAACAGGCACUCAGACUGCCCUGACCAGCUACCACUCCCGAGGCCUCUACUGCGCUUCAUACAGGACUAUCCCUUCAAGGUAUGAGGAGUCCCUGAAGUCCCUCACUCUGGCUGAGUCUGCUUAAGUACGCUGAAGCAUACUUAAAGGAAAAAAAACUGUCAAAUUGGGUCCUUUGUACCUGUAAAUGACAUUGCUGCUCCAGACGUUGGAGGCUAGUCACAAAAAUACUGGACACAGGGUCAUGUUUUUGCUGACGAAAUGUGUACAAAUUCAGUUGAUACUGACGUGUCUGGUUCCAGACUUAAUCUGUCAAGGACUGGGUGUUGAAGCACCCUUGAAAAGACAACUUGUGAGCGAACCUCAGUACUGUAAUCACUUAUUUCAUGAUAGACGUGGAAAUUGUCCACGUCUUGCUUUACCCUCAUCAGUUCUGGAUGUACAUACUGUUCCUGAGAAGUACACUGAUUCCAUUGAGACAUCUUUUGCGCCAUUUUAUUUUUCUCAGUAAAGCAUUUUUUCUACCUUUUACAUGUGUACAUUUUUUUCUAUUAAAGUAAACAAUCUAACCUUGCUGUCCUUUUCAUCCUUUUCUCUUGUAUUGCUCAAAAUGCCAGUAUUACUCACUGGGCAUAGAGAAAUACUGUCAUCAUCCAACACAUGAUGACCGCUCUUGUGACACUUGUUACGAAAUAUUUUCGCCUUCAAUCACCUUUGAAACACAAAGACUUUGUGGCCUUUGAGCUUUUAAGUGUGUGAGACGUAGAUUGUGUGAGGAGGUAAAGGCCACAUUGUGUGUUUUUGCUCAACAAUGCAUACAGCUUGCAUCUGAGUCAGCGCGUGGACAAGCGAAGGGGAGGACCAUUCAUCAGCGGAUUCACAGAACUACUGAAUGCUUCCUGGGAGGAGGGUGAGAUUCUGAGAAGGAGGGUUCUAAGAAAAGCCUUGGUAAUUACCUUCAGCUUUGAGCUGCUUUUGUGCCAUCUCGCACACAUAUUUAUUAUGGCGCAGGAUGUAAUCACAAAUGUUACCAGAUUGAAAGUGCAACGGUGACAUGAAAAUCAUUUGAGCUUCUACAAAUUGGGAAUUUUGAGUGAUUAAAUCAGUGCAAAUGCAUGCUUGGCAGCUCAGUGGGGGUAGGGGAGCAGAGGCUAUGGUGACCUGGA